AUCAAAAUUCGUCAAUUUUAAGGAAUUUAAUUAAAUUACCAGUUAAAAAGCAGGAUCCAGACAUCAAAUACAGUUUGUCAACAAGAAAUUAGCACAAAUAAUAUGGAGUAAAUAGAAGAAUCGUGAAAUUUUGCAUGAAUUCACCAACAAAAAAAGAAAAUAUUUCAAAACAAAGUCGAAAAAAAUUAAGAAAAUUCACAAAAGUUCCAUUUAGUGCUUUCACAAAUUGAUUAUGAGCAGCAUAAAAUGUUUAAGUCAAGAAGUUGGUUUGGAUUGACCUCAAGAAGUCCAAAAAAUCGCUUAUCUCUAGACAAUUUAAAGAAUUUAUUAUCAGUUCUCGAAAAAAAUCAAACUGUAUCUGAAAAUAAUCGAGGCUUGCUUGUUGAGUCAUUGCGAUGUAUAGCAGAGAUCUUGAUUUGGGGUGAUCAGAACGAUGGGAGUGUAUUCGAUUUCUUUCUUGAAAAAAAUAUGCUCAGCUAUUUCCUACACAUCAUGCGACAAAAAAGUGGUGGAUCUAGCUUUGUAUGUGUUCAAUUACUACAAACCCUAAACAUUCUCUUUGAAAAUAUCAGAAAUGAGACAUCGCUUUAUUACUUGUUGAGCAAUAAUCACGUCAACUCAAUCAUCGUUCACAAAUUUGAUUUUUCCGAUGAAGAUGUUAUGGGCUAUUACAUUCUGUUCCUGAAAACUUUAAGUUUGAAACUUAAUUCUCAUACAAUUCACUUCUUUUAUAAUGAAACGACAAAAGAUUUUCCACUUUAUACUGAAGCUAUCAAGUUUUUUAAUCAUCCGGAAUCAAUGGUGAGGAUCGCUGUGCGAACUAUAUCACUAAAUGUAUACAAAGUUGAAAAUGAAUCGAUGCAGCAGUUCAUACGAGACAGAACAGCUGCACCUUACUUCUCUAACUUAGUUUGGUUUAUUGGAAAGCAUAUUUUGGAAUUGGAUUAUUGUGUCCGUAAUGAUACGGAUCAUCAAUCACAUCAUAGAUUGUCAAAUCUUGUUGCUGAACAUUUAGAUAGUUUACAUUAUUUAAAUGAUAUUCUUUUGUUGAAAAUUGAGGGACUUAAUGCUGUUCUAACUGAACACUUACUUCACAAACUCUUUGUUCCACUUUACAUCUAUUCAUUAACACCACAGACUCCAGAUUUAGCAGUCGUUACCAGAAAUCUUGCUGCUGUUCUUAAUAAAAUUGUUGAUAUUGAUGACGUACAGGAUACUUGUGAUAAUCCGAGAGUUUCAAGCAUUGUGGCUUUAUUCUUACUGUCUUUAGUGUUUCUUGUGAUAACGCAUAGCCCUUUAGUUCAUGCUCUAGCAUGGGUUAUACUCAAUGGUGAUCACAGUGUCUUCAAAGAAGGCGCUGCUGAAGUUCUUAAUAAUUAUAUUGAAAGACGUGAAGCUGUUACUUUGGGAUUUGGACAGCCACGUGAAAGUCUCGAAGAGGCUUUAGACUCAUCAUCGUCAAUUAAUUUAUCUCCAGUAUCAUCUGAAAAAGCAAGCAGUUCCUCGUCACCAAGAACUCAUCCAAAUAGCGAAUCAACUGUUUCUGUGUCUGCAGAAGCAAGUCUUAGUGACGAAAUGGAGAAAGUAAAUAUUACGGACGAGGAAAAAGAGCAAAUUUUGGAAUCAUCAUUGAAUAUGCAAAAAAGCAGUAGACCAUUCUUAGAUAUGGUUUUGCAUUCAUUAGAUUGCAGUGAAAACGAUUAUAUUGCUUUAUUGGCUUUGUGUCUUUUGUAUGCAUUGGCUAAUAACAAAGGCGUUAAUCAAGAUUGGCUUGAUUUAGUGCUCAAUAAAUCAUCGUCAACUGUGGCAUCGAAAUAUAAUGGCAUUUUGAUAGAGAAACUUCUCAAUAUUAUUCAUAAUUCAAGUCAGCCAUCAUGCCGAAUACGACUUGUGACAAUAGAAUUAACAUUAAAAUUAUUAACUCAAUUACUGGGAACAAAUCCAUUGAUAAUUCCAGAAAAUCAUCGAGCAUCAUUAUUGCAAGCACGUACACAGUCGAUGACAGUGCUCAAAAACUUUUACAAGUCCGAAGAUAUAUUUCUUGACUUGUUUGAAGAUGAGUACAAUGAAAUGACUAAAUCAAAUCUUAAUGUUGAGUUUCUGUGCAUGGAUUCUGCAAUAUUAUUGCCACCAACUGGAACUCCGUUAACUGGAAUUGAAUUUAGUCGAAGACUUCCUUGCGGUGAAGUAGAAAAGGCUCGACGUGCAAUAAGAUUCUUCUUUUUAAUCCGCAAAAUGUGCCAAAGCAUUAAUAAUGAGGUAGAACAGUUACUUCCGCUCACAAAUCCUUUACAAUGCGUUCAAAUCGAUAAUGCUCUUGAUUUAAAUAAUAGUGAUCUUAUAGCAUGUACAGUCAUCAUGAAAGAUGGAACGAAAUACCGUCGAUUUUUAGUUAUUGAUGUACUACAAUUAAUCCUAGUUGAACCAGAUCCUAGGAAAUUGGGUUGGGGAAUAGCCAAACUUGUAGGAUUCUUGCAGGAUGUUGAAGUGAUUGGCGAUAAAGAUGAUUCAAGAUGCUUACAUUUAACAAUUCAUAGAGGUAGACCAACAACAAAUCGUAUGCCAAUUUUAUCAGCAAAAUUUAUUUUUGACGAUCAUAUCCGAUGCAUGGCAGCUAAGCAGCGAUUAACAAAAGGACGAUCGAAAGCAAGACAAAAGAAAAUGUAUCAAAUAGCACAAUUGUUGGAGAUACCACAAUUAAAUGAAUCCCCAACUCCAAUUUAUUCAUCAAUGUUGAGAGAAUCGAGAACAGCAAGGACACCACGAGAGCACAGACCUUUAUUUAGCACUUCAAAUCGCAUUCCAGGUGUUGCAUCAGCAUUAAGGCGUGAAAGUAUGCCCUCAGGAAGUGUCAGUCGAUGUCAAAUCGUCAAUCGAUCAUCUGUUGAAGGAGAAUCAUCUCGACAUCGCAGUUCCUCUACAAAGUCAAGUACUCCAAUCAGCACCCCAAAAAGAGAUGGAAGUAAAAAUCGAUCACAUUCAGGCACGCCAAAAUCAAGAGAUUCAAGUCCGCGCGUUUUACGACCAGCGUCUGAAGAAAUUCCUUUAGAAAACUUGAAUUCAUCCAGUCCAUCAUCACGUUGUUCAUCAAAUGCUCCAUCUCGUUCGCAUACACCGUCUCGUUUAACAACUGAUUCCACAAAUGGCCUGUCAAUUGCUAAAGAGGCAGUUCCAACAACAUCCAAUGGAGAUGUUGUUUUAAGGCAAAGAUCCGAGGAAACAUCAUUUAUGAGCGGAAUCAAUGAAGAUAAAGAGAAAAGGAGAAAAGGAAUGAUUGAAACUGUAUAAAAAUAUAUAUCAAAUUUAUGGAAUGUACUGUAACUCACUGGAGUGUCCAUUUAUAAUAACCAAUUAUUGAUUGUUUAAACUUUGUUAUUUUAUUGAGGUAAAAAAAAUAUAUUAAAAAUAAUAAAAUUAUUGUGUAUAGACUAAAACUGAACUAUUCGAUCAGAACAUCAUCAAGUGACUUCAUUCUAAUCAGCAACGGCAUUGUUUCUGGUCUAAAUUCAUUGCAUCUAAAGAAACAGGCUUUGUUGUAAGUUCCAUCAAACCUUAUGACAAUUAAUCCUGUAAAAUAAAACAGAAGCUUGAAAAUUUAAG